AUGCCUUUCAGCAAGCUCACCAAGAACACUGCCUACUACUCCCGCUAUCAAGUCAAGUAUAAGCGCAGAAGAGCAGGCAAGACCGACUACUAUGCCCGCAAGCGGUUGAUCACCCAGGCGAAGAACAAGUACAAUGCGCCCAAGUACCGCCUCGUCGUCCGGUUCACCAACCGCGACAUCGUCAUGCAGAUCGUCACCUCCGAGAUUGUCGGCGACAAGGUCUUCGUCUCUGCAUACUCGCACGAGCUCAAGAAAUACGGCAUCACUCACGGCCUUACCAACUGGGCCGCCGCAUACGCCACUGGCCUGCUCAUCGCCAGGCGCGCGCUGAAGAAGCUCGAUCUUGACGAGGACUUCGUUGGCGUCGAGGAGCCGGAUGGUGAAUACAAGCUUACCGAGGCUGCCGAGGGUGAUGAUGGCGAGCGCCGUCCGUUCAAGUGCUUCUUGGAUGUCGGUCUGGCCCGUACCUCAACCGGUGCCCGUGUCUUUGGCGCCAUGAAGGGCGCAAGCGAUGGCGGCCUCUACAUCCCUCACUCCGAGAACCGCUUCCCCGGCUACGACAUGGAGACCAAGGAGCUUGACGCCGAGACUCUCCGUAAGUACAUCUUCGGCGGCCACGUUGCUGAGUACAUGGAGACCCUCGCCGACGACGACGAGGAGCGCUACAAGUCGCAGUUCCAGGGCUACAUCAACGACGACAUCGAGGCAGACGGCUUGGAGGAGCUGUACACCGAGGCUCACAAGCAGAUCCGGGAGGACCCCUUCAAGAAGGAUGAGGAUGAGGGCGAGAAGAAGAGCAAGGACGAGUACAAGGAGGAGUCGCUCAAGUACAGGAAAUCCAAGCUGAGCAAGGAGGAGAAGCAGGAGCGCGUCAAGUCCAGGAUCGCUGAGCUCAAGGAGGCCAUCUAA